GAGCAGCAACAGCAAGCAAGCUCCUUAUCGGCAGUGUAUGCAUUACAGCCGGGCUAUGCUCGAUACAUCCUGGGCUCGCCCUCUUUGACGUCGUGAUCAACACUCGACAACCUCACGCUAAACAUUACCAGAUUCUAUUCUCGACAUCAGCGAGCUGGGAACAUCCACCAGCCUUUGCGACCCAACAUUUCCCAUCUAUCCAGACGUCAUCCACGAACCGACAUCUCAUCAAACUGCCAGCGAAGUGUGUCCAGCUGAGGGUAGAUUAGCCUUCAUUCUAGCCAAGUCCCGCUCGAUCGCACUUGCCAGAGCACUUCAUAACCCGAUUUACACACAUUACAACAUGGCGCUCCCGAAGCGAAUCAUAAAGGAGACCGAAAGGCUCAUCUCCGAACCGGUCCCUGGAAUCAGCGCUGUGCCUCACGAGGACAACCUCAGAUACUUUGACGUCGAAAUCCACGGCCCAUCAGGCUCCCCAUACGAAGGUGGCAUUUUCAAGCUCGAGCUCUUCCUCACAGACGACUACCCGAUGGUCCCGCCCAAGAUCCGGUUUCUCACCAAAAUCUACCACCCAAACGUGGACAAGCUCGGGCGGAUCUGUCUUGACGUGUUGAAGAAUAACUGGUCGCCCGCCCUUCAGAUUCGAACGAUCCUCCUGUCGAUCCAGGCCCUCCUCGGAGCUCCCAACCCAGACGACCCGCUUGCCGCUGAUGUAGCAAAGAGCUGGAAAGAGGACGAGAACAAGGCUAUCGCAACAGCCAAGGAGUGGACACAGCAGUAUGCGAAGCCUUAGAGAGCGGGUACGGAGGAUGCGACGACUGGAGAGCCGCCUCGUUCCGGCAGGAUUUCGCGUUUGUCCGGCAGGGUGGAGGAUGCUCGUCACAAGUGACGUCUAGGUCCAGGUCGGACAAGUCAUGCCGGCAAGCUGAUGCAUUGUCGGAGAAGGCUUCAGUAUAGAGACAGGAUUGGGUGCAAGCUUGUGCUCGGCGCUGGGAAAGGCCACGACGCUUUGCUGUAUAUUUGUGUUCCACGGCGCCGUUCCUGGUAUCGCACAUGACAAUUGCUCCGGAGUCGGGGAUUCUGAGACCAUUACGAAUUUGAUGAUAAGACCAAUGUCAUGAAUGCCUCGCCC